UUACUUGCUACCAAGGCUUCUAUUGACUCGACAUUGUCAGGCAGAUUGAUUUCGUUGUGACUACAUAAUCAUAAUCAUACCACGCUAUACUAAUUCCAAAUGCUUGAUAUAUAUUCUGCUCCUGUUCCAUCUCCUACAUUCUUUGAGGAUUCUUUUGCGGUUACAUCUCCAGCUAUCUUCAAGAAACCUCUUCUACCUCGUCUCAAGAUGACCACCAUGGGGGAGCCUGCCUUUGGCGGGGGCCAUGGUGUACCUCACAGUGCAAGUCACACGAGUGCUAGAGCUUCAGAUGUUCCCUGGACUCCUUACAGUGCUGUCUCGUCAUUUAACCUUCCAGCACAUUACGAUUCAUCUUUGAUCACACCGGUUGCAAUGGCACCAUCCCCAAACAUUUCUUCAAGGCCAGCACCCACAGUAAGAGAAAGGGAUAUAAAGCUAUCGCCAUCCAUGGAAUCACCAGAUUAUCCGCUCUUCGGUGGGGGCGAAGACGAUUUUGGUUCCAGACUUGGUUCUGCCCCAAUGAAGCAAAAAGAUCCAAGUUCCAAUAAUCCCAAGAUUCCUACCAGCGAGCCUAAUUAUUCUACUUCUCCUGCUCUUUUCUGUGCUUCUCCAUACUAUGGUGCAUUUGGCGUUUCCGCUACGCCAAAAACAGGACGAACAGCUGAGUUAGCAUCUCCAAAUAUGAAUACAAGUCCUCACAAUACAAACCCAAGUGCUAUGAGCGCCGAUCUCCGAAGAUCACGCCAUGCUACACCAACUCAAAGUCCUGAAAGCUACAGAGUAAACAACCCCGCACCAAUACUGAUUGCUCCUAACCCCAACACAAUGCGACCAGCGACGACCAGAUCUGGAGAUAUGCCAUAUAGAGAUAGCCUACCAUAUAACCGUCAUGAUUCUAUGCAUUCCAUGCAUUCCUUAAAUUCCUAUAACUCGACACCACCUCAAUACCAAGAGCAACUUGCUCCCCUUCCUACUCGAAGGAAGAGAAAAGGCGCUCCCACACAGUUGGAUGGAGAUAUUCUUUUUCAUGAGAAUAUAAAUCACGAGGAACAAAUUUUGAUGCAGCUUUCAGAGGUUGAAGGUCUCGCUUGGAAAGAGAUUGCUAAGCAGUUCAAUGAGAGGACAGGCAGGAGUAUGAAAGUGCCAGCUCUGCAAAUGCGCAAGAAGCGACUUUGUGAACGUCUCCGCGUUUGGACUGAUUGCGAGGAGCGAGCUUUGACACUUGCUUGGGAAGAUUACGAGAGAGAUAAAUGGGAAGCAGUCGCAAAAGGCAUGAUGAAGCAUGGAGUGAUAGAAAAGUGGAGUAAAGAAGCCGUCCAGAGAAAGUUCAACGAAAUGUUCCCUCCCGACGAUCGAUCAUACAAUACAGAGUAUGCAUUAUCCAAACAUACGGAGCAACUGAACUACGAUAUCAAGAUGGAACCACGAACGCCGUGGCCAAGUCACGAUGAAAGAGACAGCGCAAUUCACAGUCUCACGGACGAAGAACAAACCUUAGUAGGCGAGUUGAGGAGUAGGACUGCAAGUGAUGCCAGUUCACUACAUUACCAGCAGCAACAGCAUCAACAAAUCAUGUAUGCGCAACAGCAUCAGCAGCAGCAUCAAGAGAUAUGGGCAGGAAAUUAAGCAGGGAGUGAUGAAGCACAGGAUUCUGGGGCGAUAGAUAUUGGUAAUCUUUUUGAAUUUUCCUACAGUAUAUGGAAUUCUGGUUUCUGCGAAGUUUGGGCAUAAUGAGAAAUCGUUCUACGGAACCAUCGGACUGCACGAAAUCUUGUGUAGAAGAGAAGUAAAACUGGGUUUACAGGCAGGCCAUCAAUAGAGACGAGUCUCCGGGCGGCGAACAUCUGAUAUCAUUGUCAUGGAGAUCCUAUAUUCCUAGAGCAAUCCACAUAUAUUCAUUGUACAAAUUAAUAAAAUAGUCUUGAAGAAGCAGCGCAGCACUUCACUGGCAAUACAUAUCUAUCCAUCAAAUUUU